ACUAUUACGGACUUGGCGACACAUAAGUAUUUUCUUCAUUGUUUAACAUAUCCUAUUACUAAAAGUCAUUUCCUCUUAUCCUUCUAAGGAGAACGACAGCCCUGGGAAGACUCAGGAAACACAGCUUCUCAGAAAGAAGCUUUAGAUUUGUAAUUACAAAGUCUGUUCUGCAACACCCACCUCUGCCAAAGCUCAUCUGAAUCUUCUAAUGGAUCCUCUCCUGCAGUACCUCUUUAGCAUAUGUUGCACCCUUUUUGCCCUUUUCAGUUGCAUAUACUUUUAUCAGUCUUCAAAGAAACCAAGCAGAAGCUGUAGUGCUCCACAAGCCGGUGGUGCUUUACCUAUCAUUGGUCACAUGCACCUCUUUGGUGGUCAGCAGCUCACACACAAAACCUUAGGUGGCAUGGCUGACAAAUACGGACCUGUCUUCUCCUUAAGGCUAGGAUCACACGAAGUGUUGGUUUUAAAUAGUUGGGAAAUGGCCAAAGAAUGUUUCACUGUCCAUGAUAAAGUUUUCUCCACUAGACCAAGCAUUACUGCUUCAAAGAUUCUAGGCUAUGAUUUUGCUAUGUUCGGGUUUGCUCCUUAUGGACCUUAUUGGCGUGAGAUUCGCAAGAUAACUACGAUUGAGCUUCUAUCUAACCACCGGAUUGAUAUGCUCAAACAUAUACGAGUUUCAGAGGUAAAGAGUGCAAUAAGAGAAUUGUACAAGUCAUGGCUUAGCAAAGGUAACGGAGGAAGUGGACUAUCCGUGGAUAUGAAGCAGUGGUUUGGGGAUCUAACUCAUAAUAUUGCUUUGAGAAUGGUUGGGGGGAAAAGAUACUUCGGACCAAACGCUGAUUGUGAGGAAGCUGAAGCACGAAGAUGCAAGACGGUAAUGAGAGAUUUUGUUCAUCUGUUCGGAGUGUUCGUGUUGUCUGAUGCAAUACCAUUUCUUAGAUGGUUGGAUUUCCUAGGAUAUGAGAAAGCCAUGAAAAGAACAGCAAAAGAAUUGGACAGUAUUGUAGGAGGGUGGCUGGAGGAGCAUAAACAAAAGAGGCUCAUGGGUGGAGGGGUGAUAAAAGAGCAGGAUUUCAUGGAUGUGAUGCUCAACAUCCUGGAAGACGCCAACAUUACUUGUUACGACGCCGACACAAUCAACAAGGCUACUUGCUUGAAUUUAGUCUUAGCAGGGAGUGACACAACCAUGGUCACUCUCACUUGGGCCUUGUCUUUGCUAUUAAAUAAUCCGCACGUGCUAAAAAGGGCCCAGGAUGAGCUAGACAUGCACGUCGGCAAGCACAGACUGUUGGAAGAAUCUGAUGUUAGAAACAUGGUCUACCUUCAAGCCAUUGUCAAGGAAACAUUGCGCUUAUACCCACCAGAGCCAGUCAUUAGCCUUCGGGCUGCAUCGGAAGAUUGCAAUCUCUCAACAGGCUACCGCAUUCCAUCUGGUACACAACUGAUGGUAAAUGCCUGGAAGAUUCAACGUGAUGAGCGCGUAUGGCCAGAACCCCAUGAUUUUCAGCCUGAGAGAUUUUUGACCACCAAUAAGGAUAUGGAUUUUCAAGGCCAAACUUUUGAACUCAUCCCAUUUGGCUCAGGACGAAGAUCGUGCCCUGGGGUGUCAUUAGCCCUCAAGAUGCUGCACUUUAUCUUGGGCAGCUUCUUGCACAGUUUCAAAGUUGUGACGCUAUCAGAGCUCGAAGAUGUAGAUAUGACAGAAAGCCCUGGGUUAACAAAUCCGAAAGCAACACCUCUUGAGGUUCUCAUCACUCCACGCCUUGAUUCCAAGCUUUACGUGUGAUAGGCAAAGAAUUCAUAUAUUUAGCUGAAAGAAAAAAGUAUACACUGUGCGACUACUAUGGUGAAAUAGAUGCAUGUUUCAAGCAUCUUGUAGACCUGCACUCUGUUAUUAUUGUUAUGUACUUAUGGCUUUCCCA